AUGGGCCAAAAGUUGUCAUUGUUGGCUCCAUCAGCUCCAACAAUUGCCAUAUCAUCAUAUGUUGAUGCAUUGGAAAACUACCAAUACGUUGAGCUACUCAACAAUUCGCGAUUCCUCAAAACCAUUAAAGCUAUAGAUAAAUCCACAGGCAACUUUGUUAUUAUCAAACUCUUGAUCAAACCAUCAACACCAUUUUACACUUUGCAACUUCAAGAUGUACUAGAAUACCUAGUCAAAGAAUCAUCUAUGCUAUACCCUUUCAAAAGCAUAUUGACGUGGCAUAAGUUAAUUGAAACUGAUCGAGCUGGUUAUAUGAUUCGAGAAAUGGCAAAAAUAAAUCUAUAUGAUCGACUAUCAUUACGUCCAUUUCUUGAGCCAGUGGAAAAGUUAUUUAUCACAUUUCAGUUAUUGAAGACCGUUAGUGAGCUACAUUCGUUGAACGUGCAUCAUGGUGAUUUACGAUUGGAGAAUAUACUUGUAACUUCAUGGAACUGGAUUUUGGUCACUGACUUUGCCAAUUUGACUAAACCUACAUAUAUCCCAGAUGAUAAUCCCAAUCAGUUCUCAUUUUAUUUUGACAGUUCAGGAAGAAGAGUUUGUUAUAUUGCUCCAGAAAGAUUCUACAACAGUCAGAACAGUUCUAGGAAUAUUCUGAAUUUCAAUGAUGAUGGAUCGUUUAAUUUCAAGAAUAAUGUCACUGAUGAAAUGGAUCUAUUCAGUUUGGGGUGUGUUAUUGCUGAGAUGUGGUGUGAUGGUGAGCCAGUGUUUACAUUAUCUCAAUUGUUCAAGUAUAUGAAGAAUGAAUAUGAGCCUGAUUUUUCAAAUAUACAAAACUCUCAUAUUGUCAACUUGAUUCGCAAGUUAUUGAAGGUUAAUCCAAGUGAAAGAGCUAGUGCUCGUGAAUUGCUAGAGGAGUUUAGAGAAGUUUGUUUCCCGGAAUUCUUUUACACGUUUUUGUAUGACCUAAUGGAGGGUAUCAACAAUCAAGAAAAUUUUACUCCUGAGAAUAAGAACGACAAGUAUAUGACACCUAGUGACUUGAAGAUAAGCUAUAUCUACAAUAAUUUUGCCAAGAUUAGUCAAUCUUUGGGCUUUGUUUAUAAGAAACAAGACCCUUCUUCACUGGCUCUUCCUAUGAAGAUUAAUCUUCCCACUAUGCCCCACAAUUAUCGAAUACAACCCAAGAAAUAUAUGGAUGAUGAUGGUAGUGAAGCUUCUUUGAUCAUUAUCAAUUUAAUCACUUCCUUGUUGAAAACAGUGAAGUUAACAGAAUCAAAAAGAAAAUGCUGCUUAUUGAUAUUAGCGUUAUCUGAACAGAUUAACGACGAAUCCAAAUUGGAUCGGUCACUACCGUACUUGUGUUCUAUAUUGGAUGAGUAUACUGAAACUUCUGUAUACCACUCACAUGAGCACGUGUCAGCAAAAGUUGUUUGCUUAGCAUUGUAUUCAAUUACCAGCUUAAUAUUAUCUUGCUCCUACAUUACCCCAAUCAAUGUCCUUUUCUUUCCAGAGUAUCUAUUGACCAAAAUUAACAAUUUGUUGGUGUUGAAAAUUGAUGCUGAGUCACAAAGAUUGAUCAAUAGUUGUGUUGCUCUGUGUUUGCCGCACCUUGCCACCGUUGCAAAGAAAUUUUGGUCAAUGUCAAAAGCAUUUAAACAAGGUGGUCAUAACAGUGUAGCAAACAUUACUAAUCUACUUCCGGAAAGUGUCAUGAAAUCAGUAACCACCAUCCAUUUAUCAAAAGAUCAACUAGAUCAAAAGUUUAAAGAAAUCACAUUGAGUAUACUUACAGAUCCACAAUCAGCAGUCAAGGUAAGUCUACUUGAAAAUAUUCUUCCUUUGUGUCAAUUUUUUGGUAGGGAUAAAACUAAUGACAUAAUCCUUCCUCAUUUGAUUUCAUAUUUGAAUGAUCCAGAUCCAACCCUUCGAUUAGCUUUUUUAUCAGCAGUCUUGCAGAUGGGUCCAUAUAUUGGUGCAUUAUCAUUUGAGCAAUAUAUCUUACCUCUACUCCUACAAUCCAUUGGAGAAGGCGAACAAUUUGUCGUGUUGAAGGUGCUUCGUAUUUUCAAUGAAUUUGUUCUGCAAAAAUUGAUCAAUUCAAGACUAGAGUUUAACACAUUGGAAGUUUAUACUGAAUUAUUAUCAAAUUCAAUUUACCUACUAUUACACCCCAAUGAAUGGAUUAGACAAUCAUUAAUUACUUUGAUCAUAUCAAUAAGUAACAAUUUGAGUGAUGCUGAUCGAUAUUGUUUCUUGUAUCCUUUGAUAAAGGGGUAUUUGAUGUAUGAUGUGUUUGAAAUUAAUUGGGAUUCGUUGUACCCAAGUCUCACCCGCCCAUUGAGUAAACAAGUGUUUGAUGCAAUGGUUACUUGGGCAUUGACAUUUACUAAUAAAUCUUUAUUUUGGCAGGAAAAGAGUUUUUCAUUGGUGCAAAAUGGUCAGAAUUUGUCCGAUAAGAAUUAUGUGUCGUUGCUGAAAAAUAUGGGUAAAUCGGUCUAUAUGCCGAAAUUGAGUACUGCUGUUGUUUCAUAUAAUAGUGGUAGAAGUAAGGAAAACAUUCCCUUGAGUCCUGAGGAUAAACAAUGGUUACUCAAACUCAAAUCAAUUGGGUUAGAUGACAAAUCACUAUGGAAAAUCCUCGUCUUAAGGAGUUAUAUUUAUCGGAUUAGUCGGAUUUCAAAGCCACAGCAACAUCAAUUUGAACAAGUUAUUCUAACACCAAGGAAUGUUUUCCUUGAUGUUGUAUUCAAAUCGGAACCGGUUACAUCAGUCACUGGACUAAGAAAUAACAAAGUUGUUGUUAAAUCAAAAGAUACGGUAUCCUUGAGGAGCUUGGACCAUUCAAGACUGCUGCAUCAAACUUUAGUGUUACCUAAUAUGGAAAGAGCCAUUGCAUCAGUUCAAACUAUUGAAGCCAAUGUAUUUGGCGAAAUGGAAUCAAGUCGUGAUAGUUCGGCAAAGACAUCUUGGGUGAAUGAUCCAACUAUGUUUCAUAAAUCUUAUCAUGUGGAUGAAAGUCGUGUCAUCACAUGCCAUAUAAAACAUACAUAUACUGGUGCCAAUCCAUAUAUAUGGAAUUAUUUACACACAUUGACAAUUGUUCCAUCACUUGAUGAUUUCACUGAAUUUGGCAAACUUAUAAAAAGAAAGUCACAGAAUGAAUUAAAGAGUGUCAAUUUAUUCAAUUUAAACAUACGUCGAACGAGUGAAGAUAUUGAUGCAUACACAUGUUUGACCACAUCUCCACUAGGUGAUUUUUUCAUUACUGGAUCUGAAGAUGGGUAUUUAAAAAUAUGGGAUAUUUCAAAAUUAGAUAACAUAAACCGAAUUAAAACUGCUGAUCAAUCAAUUGAGCUAAAUUCACGAAUUACAUCAAUUGCAUUUUUGUAUAUGCGGAACUGUAUUGUUGUUGCUACUCGAGAUGGUGCAAUACGAAUUUUGAGAAUUGAGUUAGUUCGAAAUAAGAAUCGCAAAAUUAUUAAAUUUAUGAAACCGAUACUUGUACGCAAAUUGGUAUUGGACUCAUUUGUGAUACUUGUUGAAACCUUGGAAAAUGUGAUUUACGCCAUCGAUUAUCAACUGAAGGUAAGUAUAAUUGAUAUGAUUACCAUGAAACAACAAUAUGUGUUACAAAAUCCAUUGUCUUUCGGAAUCAUCACUAGUUAUAUCACGGGAGUGAAAAAGAAUAGUUGGGCUAUGAUAGGUACACAACGAGGGUAUCUUACAUUAUGGGAUUUACGAUUCAAGUUGCUUUUGAAAACAUGGCAAGUACAUAUGGAAACUUUCGAUGGAAAUAAGAAAUUUGUAAUUGAACAAAUUGAUGAGUUAAAGGUGAUUAAUUCAUCUAAUAUUGAUCCAGUUAGAGAGAAAUUUGAUUCAUUUGUGUUCAAAGAUCGCUCAGUUUACAUUUACAUCAAGUCCAAUGUUGAGGAAUUUGAGUUGUUGUUUGAGAUUCCUUCAUUGGAAUGCAAAGGAGUAAUUCGUAAAGAAGAGCUACAAGCUCAUAAAUGCAAAUUGGUUGAUGUUGAUUGUGAUUUGAGUCAAGCUAGAAUUGAGGAUAUGAUUGAGAAUUUGAGUUUGGAAAAGUGA